UACUCGGUGAUUUCUAGUUUUAGGGUUUCAUUCGUUCAUGCCGUUCCGAUUGUUUGGUUGGAUACCGAGAAGGAAAGGGCAAACAGCACGAUAUAAAGAUUCAGCUUAGUUCUUCGUUUGCUCGUUGAUUGGAGGAAAGUUCGUAUGUAUUGGCUGAUUUUGCCUUGGAGGAUCAUCAUGAGUUAGAUUAGAUCGAGCUGUGCCUACAGGAGAGGGAUAGCCGGAAUACGCUAACACCAGCGUACAAUAUGGAUAGGGAUAGAAAUGUGCACCCAGAUUGUAUAAAUGCUUCGAAUCCUUAUCAUGAGUGUGUGGAAUAUUGCUUCAGAAAAAUAGCUGAAGCCAAGGCCCGAUUGGAGCAGCAGGAGGCCGCAGAAUCAGCUGGAGCUAGUGGUGGCCAUGUUUACUCUGAUGCAAAAUUUCGCGAGCAGGAGGUCUCCCUUGAUGAAAAACAAGAGGAAGAGACAUCUGAAGAUGAGGAUGAUAAACUGCCUGAAGUAGACGUGACUCAGCUUACAGGGAGGAAGAAGAAAUUGUUUGAGCUGAGACUUAAGAUGAAUCAAGCUAGAAAAGCCAAUCAGACAGAUGUCGGGGCUGAAAAGAAAAAAAUGGAAGCUCCACCUGAGACGAGGGGCAUCUCUAAACAGAAAUGGUUGGAGGAGAGGAAGAAAAAGAUUGGAAAACUUCUUGAUGCUAAUGGUUUAGAUAUGACAAAAGCGUAUAUGCUAGAUACUCAAGAGGCUGCACAAUCAAAAUACAAAAAGUGGGAAAAGGAACCGGCCCCUUUUGGUUGGGAUGUAUUCAACCAAAAGACAUUAUACAACGCAUAUAAGAAACGGACGAAGAACAUCGAGGUUGAUCUGGAAGAGUAUAACAAAAUGAAAGAAACUGAUCCCGAGUUCUAUCGAGAUGCCUCUAGUCUACAAUACGGAAAGGCUCCAAAGAUUUCAGAAGAUAUCAGCAGGAGGAGAAGGUAUCGGGAGGAGAAGGAUAUCGACUCGAUCAACGAGAGAAACGAACAUUUCAACAAGAAGAUCGAGCGUGCGUUCGGGAAAUACACACUGGAGAUCAAGAACAAUCUUGAAAGAGGAACUGCAUUACCCGACUAAAGCUCACUACUACAAAGGUGAAAACUUUAGCCUACUUUCUACUCCCAAACUUAAACUCUGUCAUGAAGAA